AAAACAUAGUUUAAAAUAAAUACCGUUGUACAUAAACUUUAUUUUAUUUUAAAUGUAAACCAAAGCAAACCAAAGUGGAUAGGAAACUACCUAACGUGAACGAUCGUAAUUGAAAAUGGAAGAGGUUUCUUUGCGAAUUGGUAACAAGAUACUUAAAGCGAACAAAGAUCAUUUGUGUGAAUAUAGCGAUUAUUUCCGCGCUAUGUUUAGUGGAAAUUUUGCAGAGAAUGAAAAACAGGAAAUAAAAAUAGAUAUGCUAGAUGCUAAUGUAAUGAGUAUUAUACUUAAAUACAUGAAAAUGGGAAUCAAAGUAUUGUAUGAAUACCCUCUUUCAAUAAAUAUUAAAGUUGCAACAGCAGCUGAUUAUCUGCAAAUUCCUGAACUUAUCAAGGAGAUUCAGUAUGUUUUCGAAAUUCAGUUGAGCGAGUCUAACUGGCUGGAGACAAUGGCAAUGGCUGAGAAUGCAUGUUAUUCACAAUUAGAACAAUAUUCAGCUGCUUAUGGUCUUUUUGCAUUCAAUUCUAUGAAGCCUGAGUAUAUUCCUACGAUCCACAAAUUAGUAUGGUAUUUGAGCCAUCCUUACUUAGAUUCACGAAAUGAAAUGCAGGUUUUUAAAUUAGGUUUCAAGUGGCUUUUUGAGAAGCAUAAAUUGGAACAUACUUUACUGAUUCUUGCUUGUUUAGACAUGACAAGAGUCACAAAUAAAAACCUGAUGGAUAUGAGAGAAUUUUUGAGUGAUUAUAUUAGCCACUUUUCAGACAGUUUGGUCUUAGAAAUUAUUGAUUGUCUAUUAGAGUUACAUAGUAAAAAUGUAGAGAUAUCAGAAUUGAGUUUGUGUAAGCACAAAACAGAAUUACCAGAUAAGUUCUCUGAAAGGGUUUGGACUGAAUUAAUGAAUAUAGUGAAACAUAGUAGAACCCGCCUUAUGAAGUAUGUACCCAUUGUGCCACUAUGGCCUUUGAAAGGUUUUAGACCAGAUACUUUGCCAUAUUCUUUGUACACUUUUGAAAAGGAUAAAGGUUUUGAAAAGUACUUGGACCCUCUAGAUAAAAACCUUUGGGGUUGUAAUUUUGCUGCAUGGGGUCUGACUAAACUGGUAGUUGUUUGCGGUGUACAUGGAAGAGGGACAGGAAUUUUUAUGAAGGAUGUUAAGGUAUAUGACACUUUAAAGAAGACAUGGAGACAGUUUGGUGUACAGUUGCCACCAAGGAGACAUGCAGGAGUCACUGUUGUGGGAGAUCUUCUGUACAUUGUUGGUGGUGUAACUCAGCUCAAGGUAGUAUUAAACACUGCUGUUGUGUUUGAUUUAAAAAAAAGAAGCUGUAGAAGGAUAGCAAACUUACCUGACGCCAUAAAAAGUCCAGCAGUUUGUACACAUAAUAACAAAGUGUACAUGGCAGGACACCAAAACAUAUACUGUUAUGAAACUCAUGAUAAUAAUAAAGAUUAUUGGGAGCUGGUUGUGGAUUCUGAAAUGAAAAUUACCGUUAUGGUGUCUUAUGGCAACUAUAUUUACUUUGCACAGAGCUAUUCAAACAUGCUAUACAGGUUUAGACCUGGCAUAGAUAAUUGUUUAACAAAUAUAACAUCCUUCUGUCAUCCAUCAGCUGCUAUGUGCAAUUCAGGUGAUUGCCUUACUGUAUUCACUCAAAAAAUACACGCAUAUGAAAGCACAAAAUAUCUUCACACAGUUAUAGAGUACAAAGAAGAGGCUGAAGGAGAGAAGCCAAGAGUUAUUUUCACACAAACUGAAAACAAAAAGAUUAAUCCAAUUGGCUCUUGUUCUUUGGUUUUGACGAUGCCCCCAUUGUUUAAAGAGCUUCCACAAUAUCAUAGUCAAUAUCUCAUGGAACAUUGCAGUACAUAUAUGGAACAUGGGAGCUUAUAUGACAUUGUGCAAGUCCAGCAAUUUAAGUUCGGAAACCAGCUCAGAAAGAAAGAAGGAAUAAAGGAAGUCCGGCUGUACAAAAAGCCAUUAAACAAGAAAAGAAGAAGUGGAAUGUGACAUAAUAAACAUUUGAUGUACUUUUUGUAGUUCAAUUAAAUACCUCUCAUAAGUGGCCUUUUAAAGUCGUUAAACACACUAGUGUAAUUGUAAAAAUAUGAAUAUACUUGUGCAAAUAGUAGAUUAUAAGCGAAGAAGGUGCAAUGUUUUACCUUAACCUGUAUAAAUUGUAUUGCAAUUUAAAAAAAAAUAAAGGGUUUAUCAAAAUAAGCCAUUGAUA